UUUAACACUAUGCAUGAUGGAAUGUAAUAAACCAAAGGGCAAUUUCCACAAAUUAGGCAGAGAAAUUGUAUAUCAAAAUCACUUGUGAACCUUAAUGUCUGUGAUCGACGUGGUGCUAUCUGCUCUCUCUUGAGGCAUCCCACCCACAUGCCAGCCCAGGAGAAUCUGCAUGUAACAGCCUGGCCAUAUUAUCCCUGUGCCCUGGAUGCUUUUGGAAGCUCUGAUAAGUUUCUUUGGACAAAGUUUUACAUUAAGGAUCCUCUAACUACUGUUGAAAUGUGACCACAGUGAUAAAUAGAGCAAAAUGUGCUUUUUCAACAACUCUGUUGUGGACAUUUAAUCCGACUUUGUUUGCUGGAAGGGCUGCUUUUUGGUAAACAUGGCUUCAUCUGGGAAUGAGAUAGAAAGAUGGAAUCACAAGCAAGUGGGAGAGCCGUUAGAGCCAGUGACAGUGACCUCUCCUGAGAAUGGUGAUCGUCUUUCACCAGUGAAGUCGAUCAGCAGUGUAGACCAUCUCUCUCACCUCCCUGGAAAAGCAGACUCUGCUUACAGCUCUUUCUCGGGGGGCUCAAAUGCUCCAGAGUAUCACAUGCCGUCCUGUUACAGCGAAAACUGCUGUGUGCCUCCAGAGCAGGCACCAUACAUGGACUCAGAGUAUGUGAGAGGUAUUUAUAAUCUCAGUGCAGCAAACUCUGAACUCAGAUGCAUGCAUCCAUACAAGUCACCAGAUCUGAGCAGCCAUGACAACUCUCACAGCGUCGGUCUCGCUGAACGAUAUGAAGACACUCCUACCCGAGGGACUUUAAAUCAGGGACCGCUGCCUCUGGCUGCACCUCCGCCUCCAAUGCCUCCUGCACCUUUUCCUCCCACGCGACUCGACAGCUAUAAAGUCACUAGACACUUUGAAAACACGACAGGGAGACGUAACUCUGGAAGUCACAGUGAGUGUAGCGUGCAGCCAGCUUCUUCUGUGCAGGACAAUCAGCUAGAAGAUAAAGAUGCAUCAUGGAGUCAAGUCAGGGAUGAAAUUACUGAGCAAGAUAUAGUGGCAGCGAGGAGAAAGACUCUGGAAAACAAGAACCUUUCCUCUUCUGAUUCUAAAAAUGGGCUAUCUAAAUCAAAAAGUCAGGGGUUAAAGACAGAGGAAAAUGGAGAGCGGAGGCUAUCCCAAGAACCUGUAAAAAGAAGCAAUCCACACGUUUUCAUCAGACCUUCUUCAUUCAUUUUUCAAGAAUAUUUGAAGACUGACUCUAUGGCUAGUGCCCCUAAAAUUCUUUCUGCUUAUAAUUCAGUUCAUGCUUAUAAAGUUCCUGAAGAGAUGAACUCUAAAGCCUACCAUCCACCACAUACCAACCCUGUUAAUGAUAUACAAGAAAACAAACAGUAUCCCUGCAUUGUAUAUAAGCCAAAUUUCAGAGAAUCAGAUCCGCAGAGCACAGUGUCGGAGCCCCGCCAACAAAAAGGAUCCUUGCUCCGUGCUCAGUGCCCAGUCCAUGAUGAGCUGCAUUCAGACUUAGAUCAGGAUGUGUCUGAGGACAGCUGUGACGUAAAAUAUAUGGAAAAUACUCUUCUGAUUAAAAAUGCAUCAAAGAAGCUACACAGUUGUACAGAUAAAUACCAGCGCUAUGACUCUGAAGGAGAAAUUGGGAAUGAUGUUUGGGAACCACUCCUCAGUCAGCAAGCCAAAAUGCAGAAAUCCUUGGUGUCCCAUAGCUUGGAAAGCGUAGAAUCAGAGUAUCCUCGCUGUGGGGGAUUGGAUCUGGGAAAGAAGCAAUGUUAUGAUAAUACUAACCAAACUGCUUUUUUCAGACCAAAGGAAGAUGCCACAUCUCAUUUUUUAAAUGAGUUCAAGAAAGAAAAACAAGCUAAUAAUAGCAGUCCUGACCUUACAAUGCAUCUAGAAGAAGCGAAAUCCUUACCUCUUGUUUGCUUUCAGAAAUAUCAACCUGAACAGCUUGGAAGACAGCUGCAGGAUGAUCUUGCCAGUGAACAAAUAAACAAGCAGACAACGCCCCUUCUUUACUAUCUUUCUGGGGGGGAAACCACCAAUAUCCUGCAUCAAAGGAAGCACGCCCAACAUCAAGAGGACUUGAGCUCGCCAAGGAAGUUUUCAACAAGCAACUACUCUGCCUCCGCAGGAUCUGUAGACUUACAAAGGGAAAGUAAUCAGCUUCAAAAGACCAAACACAACCAUCAGCGCAUUGCUGAUGGUCUGAAUGAGGCUGAUGAUGUCAUUCUGGGGAGUCCUGGUUCAUCAGUGGAUGAGAGUUUCAAGAAUGACUACAGAGAGAAGCUUAAGGUAGCUCAAAAAAAAGUUCUGAGAGAAACCUCUUUUAAAAGAAAAGACUUGCAGAUGAGUUUGCCUGUUAGGCUGAGACAGAAACCCUCUAAAAGGCCUUCGAUUGAACAUCUUAGAUCUUUUUCAUUAUCCAGUGCAAAUGAGGAUGCUAAACUUGUUCCUUGUCCUCCUCCUCAUCUACAAUCAGUAGAAAACUUCGGUAAAGAUGAAGAAAUUAAGAGGGCACAAAUGGGUCGAAUAGGGGGAAGGAAAAGGGUAACAAAGGAGCGAAAGAAACUGUGCUUUUCUGAACCUGAGAAACUCAAUCAGCUAGAAGAUAAGGAUGUAUCGUGGAGUGAAGACAGGGAUGAAAUUACUGAGCAAGAUAUAGUGGCAGCUGGGAGAAAGACUCUGGAAAACCGAGGAAGGGCACUUUCCAGUUCAAGUAUCUCCAAGACUGAGCUGAAGCAAAUCCAACAUACUGCACUUAUUCAAUACAUGGAACGAAAGAUUAGUCAAAAACCGGGUAGUUCACAACACAUCCCGCUGCAUAAGCCACCUCUGCAGAAGAGACCUUCGUAUCCUAAAUGGCCUUCUGGCAAGAUUUCCAAUCCGAAUAGAAGCAGGAAGAUGCAAAACAAUGAGAUUUUCUGCCAAGUUUUCUCUGAAGAAGAGUUUCCAGAUGUUUUUCCUCCUUUGGCUUUUACUACCCCACUGAGCUUGACCGGCAGAUGCAGUGCCAGUUCUGCUGCUGGUACGGUGUCCUCAAAACAUAACCUCUCUCCCAAGGAAGCAGAUGGAAGCUGCACCAGCAGGUGUGCAUCAGCCAAAAACCUCCCUCAGGCAGGUGCUUCUGCUUCUGGUAAAGGUUGUGAGAGAUCAAAAUCAACUCCUCCUCCCAUGCAGGACGCUUCCAAAUGUGCAAGUUCGGCAGCUGCACCAGCCCGAAGCCGUGAACCCUGCCUCGGCCUCCCCAGUUUCCGUAAUCCUGAGAAAGAUGAAUGUAAGAGUCGUGAAGAUAAAGACGAUAACGUAACUGGAAGCACGUGCUGUCAGGAUGGUAAGGAGCUAACUCCUGAAACCUCUAUUGCUAUCCCAAGAAGUGGAGGCAAGGAAGAUAAUCAAGUGGAGAAGGAGUGCAGAACAAAAUCUCUGAACGGCAAUGUUUUCAUGAAAUGUCCAGAACAGCAGUUAGAGGCAGAUGAUGCUGCAGUCCCUCAGGAGAAAGCAGCAUGCUGCCACACCACGUUUUUAGUUCAGUCUCAUCAGGGAGAAAAAAACACAGUCAACGGUUUAGCUGCAAAGGAAACAUCCACGCACAAUAGCCAAGAUGAUAUUCUCCCAGAAAAAGAGAAGUAUCUGCCGAAAAGGAGGCUGCAGUCUCCUGAAGACCAGCGAUAUGAAGAACUUGCUAUGGAGAUCAUUGCCAAAGACAGUUCUCUGGUUGACGUUCUCAUGCCUCAUCCUAUUAGAAAAACUGCUCUAGACUUGAUGGAGGGUCUUUUUCCUAUUAAUAUUUCCAUGUUAGAUAAAUCAUACAGGAAAAAGAGAGAUGUGCAACUUGUGCAGAACGGCAGGAAAGGUAAUAAAGAUCUAACAGAAGGAAGCCCUGAAACUGAACACAGUGCCAGGCAAAGGAACGAAGAUCCUAUUUCUAAGGAGAACCAAAUCCUGAAUAGGAGUAGAGACUGCACGAAUGACCUAGAUGACAUCACGUCCAAGAAAGUGGAACUCAUCUUGAGCCUCCGAUCAAAACUGCAGACCCUGGGGGAAGAAAGGGAGCUUGUCCUCUCUGAAACCAGGGAGUGUGCUGAGCGAGGCAAAGAGCUUGAGGCAAUGGUGCGGGACGUCUGCAAGCCCAAUGAGUUUGAGCGCUACAUGAUGUUCAUCGGUGACCUGGAGAAGGUUGUGAGCCUGUUGCUCUGUUUGUCCAGCCGUCUUGCCCGAGUCCAGAAUGCCAUGAAGAGGAUUGAUGAGAAAACAGAUGCUGAGGAGAAGCAAUCGCUGAAUGAACGGCAUGAGCUCCUGUCUAGACAGCGGGAAGAUGCAAAAGAGCUGAAAGAAAAUCUAGAUCGUAGGGCAAGAGUGGUUUUUGGUAUCCUUGCCAAAUACCUGACUGAUCAACAGCUCCAGGGCUACAGACACUUUGUUCAGGUGAAGACCUCCUUACUGAUCGAACAGAAGGACCUCGAAGAGCAGAUUAAAUUUCUCGAAGAACAAUUAGAAAAUCUUGAGAAAAGCAUCCCCUCUAAUACCGAGUAAUAGAUCAUGCACUAUUACACAUGGCUAUUUGUGACACUUUCCUGGAAAUCCAUAUGCAUUCAUUGAACUUGGCCCAGUUUGAUGAAUUCUUGCAAUCCUGUUAGUGCCACAGUGUUGACAAGUGCUUAGAUGAUCUAGGCACGUGCUGGAAAUGCUUUGCCCCUUGCAUAGACCAACUGACAAAAUCUUACAGUAUGUAGCAGAUUGCAUUUUGGAAACGACUGAUAGGAGGUGUUGCUCCUAUUAAUUUGGCAUGUUUCCCCCCACCUUGUUGUCUAUCCAUCUGUUUCCAGAUUGACAUAGUCUCAAUAAAACAAUUAUAUAAAUA